ACACACUCACUCUCACACACACACACACACACACACACACACACUGUGUUUAAGCUGCUUUGUAAAUGUAUUUAGUGAAGGUGACUGAUGGAUAAACACUGAGAGUGAGAUCCACAUCCUGGGAGCAGCGACACUAAAAGCAGUUUGACUGAAGCUUCUUCUUAUUAAAAUUCACCUUAAGGAAGUCAGCAUUUGUUGAUGAUAAAUAAAUAUUUGAGAUGAUAUUAAAAUGAUUGUGGAUGUCACAGGUAACCAGUACAGUUCCUGUACAAUAGGAGUGAUUUGGUUACUAACUGUAAUGUAUAAAGGGUUUUUUAGUGAAAUACAUAAAAGAGCGUUACAUUAAUCUAAUCUACUUGGAAUGAUUGAAUGUAGAAAAAGUUUUUCUGUUUCUUCUUUACAUUAAAAUGGACAAAUUCUUUCAGUGUUCCUCAAAUGAUAAAAUGUGACUUUAGAGAUAUUAUUGAUGUGAGGAACAAAGCUGAGGUCAGAGUCGACUAUUACACCCAGAUUUCUAACCUGUAUCCCAGCUCAUUGUGUUCAGGUAGACACUUUAUUUCUCACUGAUGGAAACACCUCAUUUCACUAUAAAUCAAACACUUCAUCAUUUCUCUUCCAGUCUGUGUGUGUGUAAUCUGACAGAGGAAAGCUGUAGAGUUCUGUCCUCAGUUCUCAGCUCAAACUCCUCCAGUCUGAGAGAACUGGACCUGAGUAACAAUAAACUGCAGGAUUCAGGAGUGAAGCUGCUCUCUGAUGGACUGAAGAAUCCACACUGUACACUGGAGAUACUGAGUCUGUGGGAGUGUAAUCUGACAGAGGAAAGCUGUAGAGUUCUGUCCUCAGUUCUCAGCUCAAACUCCUCCAGUCUGAGAGAACUGGACCUGAGUAACAAUAAACUGCAGGAUUCAGGAGUGAAGCUGCUCUCUGAUGGACUGAAGAAUCCACACUGUACACUGGAGAUACUGAGUCUGCGUGACUGUAAUCUGACAGAGGAAAGCUGUAGAGUUCUGUCCUCAGUUCUCAGCUCAAACUCCUCCAGUCUGAGAGAACUGGACCUGAGUUACAAUAAACUGCAGGAUUCAGGAGUGAAGCUGCUCUCUGAUGGACUGAAGAAUCCACACUGUACACUGGAGAUACUGAGUCUGUGUGGGUGUAAUCUGACAGAGGAAAGCUGUAGAGUUCUGUCCUCAGUUCUCAGCUCAAACUCCUCCAGUCUGAGAGAACUGGACCUGAGUUACAAUAAACUGCAGGAUUCAGGAGUGAAGCUGCUCUCUGAUGGACUGAAGAAUCCACACUGUACACUGGAGAAACUGAGUCUGUGUGACUGUAAUCUGACAGAGAAAAGCUGUAGAGUUCUGUCCUCAGUUCUCAGCUCAAACUCCUCCAGUCUGAGAGAACUGGACCUGAGUGACAAUAAACUGCAGGAUUCAGGAGUGAAGCUGCUCUCUGAUGGACUGAAGAAUCCACACUGUACACUGGAGAAACUGAGGAUGUUGGGCUGCAGUAUUACAGAUAAAGGUUGUGCUGCUCUGGCUUCAGCUCUGAGGUCAAACUCCUCAUCACACCUGAGAGAACUGGAUCUGUACCAUAAUAAUCCAGGAGAAUCAGGAGUGAAGCUGCUCUCUGAUCUACUGAAGGAUCCACACUGUAAACUGGAGACACUACACAUUAAGUAUAAGACACUCACCAGGUCUGGUGUAUGACAGGAGUCUCUCCUCAGACCUUUUUUCCAGGAUAAAGCAGUUAUGGAGGUGAAGCGUUAGAACACGUCCCACAUUUCCAGCAGUUUGGGAGCUGAAUCAUUCAUAUUCAGAUGUAGAAGAUCCAUAACAAUAACUGUGACUGAUCACAUCCUUUUAUCCUCUCAGCUACAACUUCACACUUUAACAUCUUUUACAAUCCAAAGUCAAAUCCUUCAGCAUCUACACACAACACAGAGAUAUCAUCACAUCAUCACACUGAUUACACAAAUACACAUCCAUGUGUUACAGAUGUUUAGAGAUUAUUUUUACCUCUUUAAUUAUGUCGCUUUGUAGAAGCCAACAUUCUGUUUUCCUAUUUAAGCUUAGACAAAAGUUUAUAAAAUUUAAUGCGGCCUAGGGCUUUCGAGCCACAUGCACCAAAUUCGGAUAUGUUUUAGUCCCUGGUCUGAAGAUUGUUGCUAUUUGUUUGUUUGUCUGAAGUUUUAAAGCUCCUUUAGGGUGAUACUCUGAACAAACCUUAAAUUGGCCUUUCGGUUGUGCCGCAGCCCCGCCCCCAAAAUAUGCAAAAUCAAAAAACUUUUUCGAACAUGGACAUGUGACAUAUCAAAACACUCAGAACAAUGAGGGGAAUUCUGAUGACGUCAAAUGAUGUCACGUGAUGCACGUGAAAAUAAAAAACUUUGCACAACAUGGGCAUGUGAUAUAUCAAAACACUCAGCCCAAUGAGGGGAACUUCCUCAGGAGUAUUCGGAUGACGUCACAUGCUCGUCUCCACUUGCCUCCAAAUGUUUUGGCACCCUAUCUUUCUGUCCACUUGCCUCCAAAAGUAACACUGUCCCUUAUGUCCACUCGCCUCCAAAAAGCACCGGCCUUUGGGAAUACUUGCCUCAUCAAAGCCAACAUCAAAGUUUGUCACGACGAACUUUACAAAUCUAGUUAAGUAAUGUUCCUUUAAGAAAAUGUGAGGUGAGUUCAUUGCUGACCAAUCAGGAGAGCAAACACGAAGCAAGCGGAUGACGUCAGCGUCUAGCGUGAAAACAGAGAGAAGAGAGAUGAUGCAACAUGGAAAAUACUGAAAAGUUUUGUGUCAACAAUAAAAUUAAGGCGGUGUCUUACAAAAUUCUACAUAGGAUUUAUCCUGUUAAACAUGUUUUGGAAAGAUUUAAGCUUAAUAUUUCUUAUGCUUGUGAAUUUUGUGGUCAGGAAAAAGAAACCAUUUUGCAUCUGUUUUAUCAUUGUAUCUACUCAAGACUUUUUUGGAAAGAUAUGGAAAAUUAAAUUAGUAGAAAAUUGGGUUGUGUGGUAGAAAUUGGUGUAUGUGAUGUGUUUUUUUUUAUUUUGAGGGAGAUAAUUUGGAAAAUAAUGAAAAAUAUAAUAUACAGCUAUUUAUUGUAUUAGGAAAGAACCAUAUACACAAAACAAAGUGGGCCCUUUGUAAACCAAAUCUGUCCCAUUUUAUAAAUGAUUUGAAGUUAUACAGUAAUCUUUUGGAGAAAGUAAAGAACAAAAAAGCUCAGAAAACGUGAUAUUUUAAAAGAAUUCAUUUUUUUUGUAAUUUUUUUUUUUUCCUUUUUUUUCCUUUCUUUUCUGGUAACCUAUGUGACUGAUACGUGGCAUUGAUUAAAAUGUGUAUUUUGUGUUUGUCAUUUUGCAAUAAAAAAAAAGAGAUGAUGCAAGUAGAAAGCUUCUGAAAAAAUAUAUCACUGAUUGUGAGCAAAAUGCAGACAAAACGUUUUGAAAGACUUUGGUUAACCUUUGAACGGGACUUUAUUUGAGUCAUUUUGAGUCAUUUUAGAGUGUGUUUUCCCAUGUGAACACGGCGAUGACACAUACAGAGUUCAUCACCUUGUGGAAAAUGGCGGCGCCUCUCAGCGAACUUUUAUUUCAAAAUGACCAUCGAACUAAUUCAGUGGAUUUACUGCUAGUUUUCCCCAGAAGGAGGAAAAAGAAAUUGUGAGUGAGCGGAAGUUGAAACUGUUUUUUUCUCUUUUUCCCCACAUUAUUCUGUCAAUACGGCAGAAGAAGGCCUGGACUGUUGCAUCUAAAUUUCAUUCGUUCUGGACGAUUGUUUUUUCCCCCCUUUUUAAUUCAGACUGGUAUUUAAAGAAACUACUGAACCUAUUGGUGUUUGAACUACACAUUGACAGUUGAAUUGUUUUUUUUUUCCUUUUGUCAUUUAUUCAGUCUUGAUUUAAAGAUGAUGUCUUUUGGGUGAUACAUUUGAAAUGUUUUUGCAAUAUUUUUAUUUAUUGUUGAAUUGAAUUACACAUUCAAAGUUAAAGCUACUAGGUGUAUAAAGUUGAUAUAGACCAGUGUAGGUUUUAAUUAAGAAACUUAAAAUCUAACAUCAGUUCAAAUAAACAAUUAGAACACUAAAAGAUAAAUAGUCAAAAAAUAUUAAGUUGCCACUUAAACUAAAGACGGUCGUAGUUUCAAAAUGACUUAAAAGUAAUAAGUCUUAAAAAGAGCUUAGGGAAGAAUAAUAACAGUUCACAAUAAGAAAAACUGAGAGCACAGUUUAAUUGUUGUUUUCCAUUUAUUCAGUAAUUUCAUUGUUGUUUUAUGGACUAUCGUUCAUUUUUUUGUUUUCUCCAUUUUACCUGAAAGAGAAACAGUUGAUUAAUUCAUUUCAUUUAUCACUUUAUAUAAAUCUUUCAACAAAAUUCAAACUUACUUGUGUUGGCUGUCUGUUCUUUUAAUCUCUCACCACUGCUCCCUAUGAACCUAGAAGUACUGGUCAUGGCAGCAAGUCAAAAUCAAAUACAAGAACAGCUCACACAUUGUCCGUACUGUUUUAGCAGUGAAAAAGAAUACCCACAGACAAGGCAUGGGUGGUGGGUCACCAAAAGCUGACCUCACCCCAGCAAAGGACAUAGCCUUGGAGGUUAAUAAAGGCAGGCCUGUGUUGGAGGGGAUCCCUGGGGGGAAAGAGACAAGCAUAGGUCCCUCCCAAGAUGCCCUCCCAAGUGUCUGGCAGCACUGUGUUCCUGUUAGAGCCACCAGCACAAGCACCAGACAAUGCUGAUCCAGGUGAAGGCCCCAGUGCAGCAGCAACAGCACAUGACGGCGAUGAUGAUGAGGAGACCAUCUCUGGAUUCCAGAAGGCAUGAGGUAUAAUGUCAAACCUGUGAAAGUACUAUACUCAGUCUACAAUGGUGAGGAGUCAUCAUUUGGAGCCCACACAAAAUCACAGAUUCUCGAGACUUCCGGUGGCGCGCGCUGCAAGAUGGCUGCACAACACUAGGCUCCCGAAUAUUAACCUCUUAUUUUUAGUUAUUCAUGUCAUACAGAGGGAAUAUUGUCUCUUUUUGACAACUGGUGAAUUCUAAUACAAGGAUGGCUACCGGCAAAAAAUCGAUUUCUCCCCAAAAGUCUGCUACGACCAGCAAACGCCUCAAAACACUGGACGACGAUGUUGCCUCGAUUGUUAGCCACGCAAUUGAAGCACAGCAGGAGGCUAUGCGAGAAAUGGUUUCUUGUAUGUUGACGGAGGCGAUAAAGACGGCUCUCAAUCCAUUCAACGACUACAUUAAAGAAAACAGCGCUGUUCUUCGUACAAUGAAACAAGAAAUUGACUCUCUGAGUAGUAGUAUGGCGUCGAUUACAACGAAAGUGGACAAUCUUCAAGGUGGUUUACGCAAUUCAAAGAAGGAUACGAACUUUUGCUUGACUCAGUUAGAGCAGAUUCAACGAAAAUGCAAUGACCUCGAAGAUCGGUCACGUCGCAAUAACAUUCGUCUGGUGAAUCUACCAACAGGAAUGGAAGGCGACGACCCCAUCGGUUUUCUACAGAAAAUGUUGCCUAAAUGGAUCCCUGACAUUUCGACGCGCUCUUGCCAGAUUGAGAUCGACAGAGCCCAUCGCGUCUAUUCGAACUCCAACUCAUCUAAGCCACGAUCGAUGAUAUUUCGGCUUCUUCGCUAUCCUGACAGGCAAGCCAUCCUUCAAGGAGCACGUAAAGCAAAACCCACCUUGCCCGGAGGAGCGCGUCUGGAGUUCUACGCUGACUACAGUCACGAGACGGCACGAAAAAGGAAGGCGUUUUCAACCGUAAGAGCCAAACUUCACCAGAAAGGUGUUGAAACCUUCCUUAUCUACCCAGCACUGCUGAAAGUUACUUACAAAGGUCAGAAAAACUCGUUUGAAUCUCCGGAGGACGCUGAAAAGUAUCUGGAGGGUCUUAAUGAAACAGCGACACCGACUGCUCGCAGAUCCUUAAGAUUUCCGCCUGAGGAGUCGAUGGAUUUAUAAUCGCUUUUGGUAACAGAUUUGUUUAAAACAAGAACUAGAAACCAGUUCAGCGUUUGCUCAUGGUUCAGCACAUCAGAGUGAAAUGGACCCAGAUGCUGUACAGUGGGAAAGCCAGCCUGGCAACAUAGUGCGUAUUAAUGGAAGGACACUACAUCGUGCCAAAUUCCCGCUGCGCUAAUUGUAUUGUGUUCACAGAGCUCACAAGCUAUCAGACAGUUGUAUGGCAACCACCUCCGGUGCCAAAUAGAACUUUUCAGAUAUAGACAUGCAGUACAAGAAGAAAAAGAUGGAAAAUUGUACUGGAGUCCGAAAUAAAAAAAGAGGACAAUUAGGAAACUGGACCUUGAAAUAAAAAAACGUGAGUGGGAGCUCCAAGAAGAUGACACAUCUUAAAAUAAAAAAAUAUAAGGGAAAUUCUCGUAAAGUCAAGUGAGCCAUGACAUAUGAGCUCCCAUUGUGAGCGCACAGGACCAGCGGCAUCUUUAGUAGUUUUUUUAAUUUUUCCCCCAGCAAUCAGUACAAAUAAGCAUCGUUAUAAGGCACAGCCCCCCAGUGCCAGGUGUGGCCACUAGCCUAUAUGAAGGCCCAAAAUGGUGUUGUGUUCCUUUCUGCUCUGACAAUAGCGUGCCCAUUCUUGCGAGAUGUGGUGGAUGAAGAAGCACUUGUGCUCAGGAGAGCCUUCAGAAAGGGUCUUCAGGGACCAGUUGGACCCACUGGCCUUCCCUGAUGACCAUCUAUAUGAAAGAUACAGGUUUUCUGCAGAUGGCAUCAGGUAUCUGUGCAGACUGCUGGGUCCCAGGAUUAAGCACCGCACAGCACGGAGCCAUGCACUGAGUGUGGAGCAAAUGGUUUGUGUGGCCUUGGGGGAUGCAGAACAGCUGAACAAGGCCACAAUUUGCUGCACAAUAAGGAGUGUGUGUCUGGCUAUCAAAGCAUUAGCAGAUGUCUUCAUCCCCUUCCCUGGCCACAGAAGACUCUGUGACAUCAAAGAGGAGUUCUAUAGGAUUGCAGG